CCACGAGGCGUCGCCACCGCUCACGCCAACGCCCACCUUCAGCAGCCCCGCCUGCAGCACCCACGACGUCGACCCCUUCCGCCCGCCCGCCGCCGCGACGGAGCGCGCCAAGGCGCCGCCCUCCACCGUGGGCGCGCGUGGGGGCGCUGCCGUCUGCUGUGGCAUCAGCGCUGGCGGCGGCGGUGGCACCGAAGCAG